GGGCGCUCGUGUGGCAGGCAGCCGUUCUCCGAGGUGCCCGCCAACGGGGCUCCCUUCAUGGCCGACGGCGGGAAAGGCGGAUACAGCGAACAUGACGACCGUGUGGGCGGCAGCAACAGGAGCUUUGGGCGGAGGAGAAAGGGCCGUGUCCCCUUCCGGGGGAAAAUGUACAGCGAGAUGGGCCACCACCAGCGCGGCUGGAACAGUUCUGGAUCCGGCCCUCGUAGCUGGCUUGACGAUGACGACGGGGACGUCCUCAUGAGCGAUGCCCACGAAGUGCUCCGGACACGCUAUACUCCUUACGGGUCACGUCCGCACCGACCAGACCGAGGGACGCCGAGCCUUAUGAACGCCAUCGUGAGACGGAAUCUGAAUAUUGGAGACCGUGCUCCUGCUCACAAGGGGCCAGUCAGCAAGAAGACUUGGUUCAAGAUUACGAUUCCUUACGGAAGGAAAUACGAAAAGAGUUGGUUGAUGAACGCAAUACGAGAAAUUUGCAGCGUUCCCUUCGACCCCGUUGAGUUCCACUGCGUGAACAAUCGGGUGGUGUUUUACGUGGAGGAGACUUCUGUGGCCAACGCCCUUAAGCAGAUUUCUCGGAAAAUCUGUUCUCCAGAUGGGUACAAGGUGGCGAUACUGAUAAACGCGUGCAACCCACCCACAACUGUCCAGCAAGAGCUGAAACCAGAAGAAAUUGAGCAGCUGAAGCAAUGUAUGAGUAAAAGAUACGACAGCUCCCAUCAAGCUUUGGAUCUGAAGAAUAUUCACGCAGAUCCGGAUCUGAUAGCCCAAAAUAUCGACAUUGUGUUGAACCGCCGAAACUGUAUGGUUGCUGUGCUGCAGAUCAUCAACGACAACAUCCCCGAGCUCCUGUCCCUCAAUCUGAGCGACAACAAGCUGUAUCGUCUUGACGACAUGUCGGAGCUGCAUCAGAAAGCUCCCAAUCUGAAGAUACUCAAUUUAUCUUUUAACCAGCUAAAGACCGAACACGAGCUGGACAAGCUGAAAGGCUUAAAGCUGGACGAACUCUGGCUGGACAACAACAUCCUGUGCGACAACUUUCGGGACCGCUCCGUUUAUAUCAGCACCAUCCGAGAACGGUUCCCCAAGCUGCUACGGCUGGACGGUCACGAGCUGCCCCCGCCAAUCUCCUUCGAUGUCGAAACGCCGACCACUUUGCCUCCCUCCAAGGGCAGUUAUUUUGCCUCGGAAGGCUUGAAAAUGCUGAUCGUCCGUUUUUUGCAACAAUAUUAUGCCAUCUACGAUUCCGGAGACCGUCAAGGCCUGCUGGAUGCCUAUCACGAAGGGGCCUGCUGUUCGCUGAGCAUCCCCUUCUCCGUGAAUCACCCUUACAGGGGCUCUUUGGCUGAAUAUUUCAAAAACAGCCGGAACGUGAAGCGACUGAAGGAUCCUUCCAUGCGCUUCAGGCUCCUCAAACACACCAAGUUGAACGUCGUGGCUUUCCUCAGCGAGUUGCCCAAGACUCAGCACGACGUGAACUCCUUCGUGGUGGACGUCUGCGCGCAAACGAAUUCGCUGUUGUGUUUUACCCUGAGUGGAAUCUUUAAGGAAGUGGAUUCCCGGUGUCGGGAUAUGGUCCGCGCCUUCACCCGGGUCUUCAUUGCUGUUCCGGUGGGCCACAGCGGGUUGAGCAUCGUGAACGACCAGUUCUUCAUCCGGAAAGCCAACAACAUGGAAAUCCGCAAAGCCUUCGUCAUGCCGGCCCCCACCCCUUCCUCCAGCCCCGUGCCCACCCCCUCGACCGAGCCCAUGCCCUCUUCCAGCCCCGGGCCCACCCUGACGGCCGAACAGCAGGAAAUGCUCCAGAAUUUCUCCCUGCAGUCGGGCAUGAACCUGGAGUGGUCUCAAAAGUGCCUCUUGGAUAACGAUUGGAACUACGCAAAAGCGGCCCACGCCUUCACCCAGCUGAAGGCUGAGCAUAAGAUCCCCGAAGUGGCGUUUAUCCACUGAGCGAUGACCAAAAAAAAUCCGAUCGGAGCAGCGUUUUUAUUGUUGAGAUACACCUGGUUUUGUAAAUAAAAUUUCUCCGUUGUAAAUUAAACAGUCGGGAACGCCGUGCCUCUUAAAACCUUUUGCCGCUGGGAUGGAGGGAAGAACUGCGACUUUUCCCUGUCGGAGUUCUCAGCGCCGCCGGGAGUUGGAAGAGACGCUAAGAGAAGCAGACAGCCGAGAAGACAAAAUCAGAAGCCAGAGAGAGAGAGAGAAGGAAAGAAAGAAAGAAAGAAAGAAAGAAAGAAAGAAAGACACCUUCCUUUCCUCCAUCCUUUUUUUUUUCGGAAACACCAUUUUUAGGAAUUAUUUUGGGCAAAUUCUUCGCCUGACGCCUUUUUUCCCCCCUGUAGCAACCCUCUCAAAAGUCACGUAUGCACUGAGACGGGUCAACAGUUGCAAACACGCGCAGCAAAGUUGACGGCUGUCGUGAGAACUCUUUAAAACUUUCAGACUGAGAAAGAGGGAGCUUCCCAAACACUUGACGGUGCUGUUACUUUAUUGGUUUUUUUCCCCCCCAGUCGUUACGUUUCCUCAUUCUUAGGUGCGGUCUCUCGGUCGUAGCGUAAGCGCCUGGUUCUACUUUGGGGUGUACCUGGUUGUUUUCCUCCAAGGAGGCCGUCCUGUCCAGCAAACUCUAGCUUCUAUGUUUUCCUUCCAGUCCUUGGAAACACUCCGCCUAGUAAAGUUAUUCUUAAAAUCUU